UGUGGUAUAGAUGAGAUGACACUGACAGUAGUGACAGUAACCGAAUAGAGAAAGCGUGCCGUUGUUUUGGUUUUGUAGGAGUUUUAUAAGAAUUUUUAACAACCACAUAAUAUAUUUUUUCUUGAAAAUAACUUUGCAAUGGUGCGUUUCAAACACAGAUACGUUACUGUUGAAAUCGUCUCUCCAAUAGUGCCUGACGAUAAACCCCUACAUUUGAAACCCAAGAUCUUCCACGACACAUUAUUAAAUAAAAUUCAACUUCUGCACGGCGAUUUUGGUGUUGCUGCUAUAACAAAUGGGUUCCUAACAAAAUAUUGUAAUGAGAAUACCAGGAUAGCUAUAAUAAGAUCACGGCACGGGCCACAUAGAUUUGUAACUAGUACUCUGCCUUUUGUUACUAAGAUAGGUAAACUAGAUGUUAGACUGAAUACUCUACAUGUUGGUGCCACACUGAAGCAUAGCUUUAAGUUCAUACAAAAGCAUCAAAGAGCUUACUUAGAUAGAAUGUGGUCAAAAUUAAAAACAGUUGAAGAGCGAGAGAAAUUAGAAGCAGCAGUGAUGGACUUUACAAAAACAGAUGUCGCUAUAAAUAUAGAUAAUAUUGCAUAAAAA